CGAACCAGUUGAUACCUACCAGUGCAUCAAAAUUAAACUUACUUUUGGCUAAGCGCGUCAUUUUCUUCGUUAUGAUAGACAGUUGGUGUGUGACAGUAGUGAUGUGAAACAAUACUAUCGAUAGUAUCUUCGAUAUUGAGUUUCGAUAGUAUCUUUGAUGUUGAGUUUCAAUACUAUUGAUAGACCUAUAGAUUCUAUUGCUUUUACUCAACCAACUGUCGAUAACUAGAGGAUUAUCAAUCGGCAACACUAGUUGUUUGAGUGAUUUGCCUUGUUUUGUUUCAUUUCCUUUUGUAAACACUUUUGUUAUUUUAUUCUUAGCAUAUUAAUACUGUAGGUACUCGUGAUAAUGAAUUCCCCGACAACACCAAUCUCUUCCCCAAAAUUUAAAAAUUUGAAAUCCAAAGUGAAAUGUUCACCAAUUGAAAUAAAAGAAAAAAUGAGAAAGAACUACAAAGAUAAAGUCCAAAAUUGCCGUGAAUUAUUACUUAAUCGAUUUCGAGGUACAGUAAUACAAACAGACCUUCGCAGUACUUUAAAUGAAAUUUAUAAAAGUAUGUUUACUUUUUCCCAUGAGGAAACAACUGAUGAUGAGGAAAUACAAUUAAUAAAUGAAAUAAAAAAUGAACUUAUAGAAGAAGAAUUAGAAUGGCUGGUGGAAGAGUAUGAAAAAUCACAAAGAGAUCACUUUACUGAUUGGGUAGAAGAUGAUAGUUGUAUUUGUCCUGUAUGCCAGAAAAACAACUGCCAAGUGCAAAACAAUUUUUUUUCUUGUUCAAAGUGCAACUUUUCCUUAAAAACAUUGAUGCCUCUAAAAGAAAUCAAGCAUAACAUUUUUGAUAUAAUAGAAAAACAUUCUGCAACUUGUGAAAAUGAGUGUCAGUUUAAUGUGGUUUCAGAACUAAGUGAAUCACAUUUGUAUCUUAUUUGUGAUAAUUGUAUGGAGAUGCAAAUGGUUAUUUAAAAUUGUUAUUAUAAAUGUUCUUUUUAUUUAAUGGCAUCACCAAGUUAAACCUUAUUGAUAAACAAAAAAUGUGUCAUUAUUUUUUUAAUUGAAAUUUGUUACUAUAUAUUGGUGCGCACAUAUUUUUAGCAAAUUGGUAGACCAUAAGUUUGUUUUAUUUAGAUCUUUGUACCAAUUUUGAUUCCUAAGUUUUGUUAAUAUGUAAUACUUAAUUUUUUAUUGUUGAUUCAAUAUAAAUAAAAAAAGGAUUAAAAAAAUGA